AAUGAAUACACCAUCCUGCCCUAUUCCAUCAUGGGCAUCCACGGCUACAUUCUGGUGUACUCAGUGACAUCCCUGCAGAGCUUCCAGGUGGUGACGACUCUCCAUGACAAGCUCUAUAAGAGCCAGGGGAAGACAUGCAUGCCUGUGGUGCUGGUGGGGAAUAAGGUAGAUGUCUCCCUGGAGAGAUGGGAAGUGAGGACAGAAGAAGGGAAGAAACUGGUGGAGUCAUGGGGAGUAAUUUUCCUUGAGUCCUUGGCCAAGGAAAGCCAGGGGAUCCAGCUGGUCUUCAGGAGGAUCAUUGAGGAGACUGACUGUGUGGACAAUUCCUGCAGCAGAUCCACUGGCUGCUGCCUGAUGUGA